CAGUAUCGUUUAGACUGCUGUACCUGGGCACCUGGAUUCAGAAAGCCAUAAUGGGGUACACAGGCUUUUCGGUUAUUAUGCGUUUGCUUCAUCUGACUUUUUGUCUUUGCCUCGUGAGCAUCAGCAAUGGUGACGUGAGCUAUUCUAUUCCAGAGGAGAUGAAACGCGGGUCUCUGAUCGGCCAUUUAAUCAAGGAUAUUGGAUUGGAUGCUAAGAGACUUUCAGUUCGUAAAGCUCGUUUGGAUAUGGCAGGCAUUCGACACCGUUACUGUGACAUUAAUCUGAAUACCGGAGAUUUAAUUGUGGCUGAAACAAUAGACCGGGAGGAGCUUUGUGGACCGAGGGCAUCCUGUACCUUAAAAUAUGAGCUUGUGUUGGAGAACCCUUUGGAAUUACAUCGUGUUAAUGUACAAAUACAAGACAUAAAUGACAACCCACCACGUUUUCCUAAUGCACGUAUUGAUCUAGAAAUUAGUGAAUCUGCUGAUAAAGGCGCAAGAUAUCCCUUGGAUGAGCCUCAUGACUCGGACAUAGGAUUAAAUGCUGUUCAAAGUUAUUCACUGCAGAGGAAUGACUAUUUUAUUUUGGACAUUCAAACAAGCCCAGACGGAGGUAAAUACGGAGAGUUGGUGUUAGAAAAGGAGUUAGAUCGAGAACAACAACAGGAGGUGACAUUGUUACUUACGGCGGUUGAUGGUGGAACUCCACAGAGAUCUGGUACUGUAGUUAUACACGUCACUGUUCUAGAUGCUAACGAUAAUAAACCAGUGUUUAGUCAGAACGUGUAUAAAGUAAGUUUACCAGAAAACUCUCCUAAAGGGACUGUUGUAGUUGCAGUUAGUUCUAGUGAUUUAGACGAAGGAGCAAAUGGAGCCGUGACAUAUGAGUUCAGUCGUAUCUCUGAUAAAGCAGUUAAACUGUUUUCUAUCGACAAAAAGACUGGUGAGAUUAAAGUGCAGGGUCUUAUCGAUUAUGAGGAAUAUAAAGAAUACGAGGUCCGUGUCCAGGCAAAAGAUGGGUCUGGUUUAGCUGGCAAUGCAAAAGUCAUAAUAGAAGUUACUGACAUAAAUGAUAAUGUUCCGUUGAUAUUGAUCAAAUCAUUUAACGAUCCCAUCCCUGAGAACGUGUUACCUGGCACAGAGGUUGGCAUCAUUAACGUACAGGAUGAUGACUCUGAGGGAAAUAGACAGGUUCGUUGCUCCAUUCAACAAAAUGUUCCCUUUAAACUAAAUCCCUCAAUUAAAAACUAUUAUUCUCUGGUAACAACUAGUGAACUAGACCGAGAGAUAAUAUCAGAUUAUAACAUAACUAUCACUGCCACUGACGAGGGGUCUCCACCCUUAUCCUCCUCCAAGACCAUUCAUUUAUCUGUGUCAGACGUGAAUGACAACCCACCUGUGUUUGAAGAACAAUCCUACAGCGCCUAUGUGACUGAAAAUAACAAGCCAGGCUCCUCUAUGUGUUCAGUUACUGCCAGAGACCCAGACUGGAGACAGAACGGAACGGUGGUCUAUUCUCUAUUGCCCAGUGGGGUUAACGGUGUUCCGGUGUCCACCUUUUUAUCCAUUAACGGAGACACAGGGGUGAUCCAUGCUGUGAGAGCAUUUGAUUAUGAGCAGUUUAGGAGCUUCAAAGUCCACGUUGUAGCCAGAGACAAUGGUUCUCCUCCACUCAGCAGUAACGUGACUGUGAGUGUCUUCAUAACAGAUGAGAAUGAUAACUCUCCCCAGAUAUUAUAUCCUGCUCCAGCAGGAAACUCCUUGAUGACUGAGAUGGUCCCCAAAGCUGCUCUGGCAGGGUCCCUGGUUUCCAAGGUGAUAGCUGUGGAUGCUGACUCUGGACAGAACGCGUGGCUUUCAUAUCAGAUUGUAAAAUCCACUGAUCCGGGACUUUUCACUAUUGGUCUCCACAGUGGAGAGAUCAGGGCACAGCGGGACAUUACUGAAUCUGACAGUAUGAAGCAGAACCUUGUUAUAUCAGUGAAAGAUAACGGACAGCCCUCUCUCUCUACAACCUGUGAUGUGUAUUUACUCAUAUCAGACAACUUGGCUGAAGUUCCAGAACUGAAAGACAUUUCUCAUGAGGAGAGUUCCAAACUAACUUCUUAUUUGAUCAUUGCACUGGUCUCUGUCUCCACCUUUUUCCUGACUUUCAUUAUUCUCAUCCUGGCCGUGAAGUUCUGUCGUAGGACAAAGCCUAGAAUGUUGUUUGAUGGAGCAGUCGCCAUUCCCAGCGCGUAUUUCCCUCCCAACUAUGCAGAUGUGGAUGGAACUGGAACUCUGCGUAGUUCUUACAAUUAUGACGCUUACCUGACAACCGGUUCACGUACCAGUGACUUCAAGUUUGUCAGAUCUUACAAUGACGGUACGCUGCCAGCUGAUCUGACACUGAAGAAGAGUCAAAUUGAGUAUUUGGGAGAAAAUACAGUAACUCUUAUGGAUGCAAGUGAUACUGAGACCAUUCAUUUAUCUGUGUCAGACGUGAAUGACAACCCACCUGUGUUUGAAGAACAAUCCUACAGCGCCUAUGUGACUGAAAAUAACAAGCCAGGCUCCUCUAUGUGUUCAGUUACUGCCAGAGACCCAGACUGGAGACAGAACGGCACAGUGGUCUAUUCUCUAUUGCCCAGUGAGGUCAACAGUGUUCCAGUGUCCUCCUUUUUAUCCAUAAACGGAGACACAGGGGUGAUCCAUGCUGUGAGAGCAUUUGAUUAUGAGCAGUUUAGGAGCUUCAAAGUCCACGUUGUAGCCAGAGACAAUGGUUUUCCUCCACUCAGCAGUAACGUGACUGUGAGUGUCUUCAUAACAGAUGAGAAUGAUAACUCUCCCCAGAUAUUAUAUCCUGCUCCAGCAGGAAACUCCUUGAUGAUUGAGAUGGUCCCCAAAGCUGCUCUGGCGGGUUCCCUGGUUUCCAAGACAACUUGGCUGAAGUUCCAGAACUGA